AAUUGUUCCGAUUAAACAUUCAAUGGUAAACUUACAACGAUCUCUCUUACGUGUAGAAAAUCUACAUUGUUCAGUGAACCGACGAAACAAGACGGUAAAUUUGCAGAUGGUUAAUGUUUGCAGCUCGAUAACGAAGCAAAUGAUAAUUAAGUCUAAAAGACAACAGGAAUGUUUUUAAUGAAGAUACAUUGAUUGAUCUUUACCAUCGCGUCAACGAUAUAUUUAUAUUUCUACGAUAAUUCUAGUCGGACAUCCAACUAAGUAUGACUAAAAAGAUCUAAUACAGAGUAAUUACAAUUUCCGCAACUCUUUUAGAUCGUCGAAAUAAAGGAAGAUUUAUAACUCGGAAUGUUUUUCAGUCUAUACAAGUUUCGCAGUCUUCCUUAGAUCAAUUGUGUGUGCGUUGAAGUAGAUAAUCGAGGACGUAAUUUAUUUUUUUCUGGAUUAUUUAAAUAAAAAAAAAAUACAUUGGAAGGAUCAUGGAGAAUCUACAAUAUUUCAUCGGCCACAUAUGGAUUAUUUAUGCUCGAGAAGAUUUAAUUAAAAACAAUAGUAUUCCUCCGUUUUAAACUAUAUUUUAAAAUCAUUGAAAAAAAAUAGGACCAGGACAUUUAUUUAAAAUAAAGGUUUCAAAGAAGCUAUUUUGUAAGAUAAGAACAACUUGUGUCAGUGCUUCUACUUUUUAUCAAGAUUACCUCCAAUAUAUUGAGUCCAGCAAGAUCUAACAGUCAUCAAACUCUAUCUCGAAGAAGAUUGAUGCAUCCAGGAGGUGAAUCGGCUUGCGAGAGCCGCGAGAUGGACCAACUCGCGUACGUCUGCACUUCCGGUGGCGGUUAAAAAAGGAAAUUAAUCGCGACGGAAGCCAGGGAAGGCGGUAUGAGAGCCGCGAAGAAGUGAUCGGCGAAGGUGGUGACGCCGAAGACGUCGGUGAUCGCGUCAAGAUGACGUCACCGAUCCUGGCGUUGCUCGGCUUGAUUCUGGCGACCGCCGGCGCUGAGCUGAGCUCAAGGAUCGUCAGGACUAAGUACGGCGAGUUGUCGGGCGUGAUCGUUACCCUCGAUCGGAACCUCGAGGGUGUCGAGGUGUUUCGCGGCGUGCCCUACGCCUCGCCGCCGAUCGGCUCGUUACGCUUCAUGCCGCCUGUCAGCGGCGCCCUUUGGUCCGGCGUGAAGGUCGCCGAUAAGUUUGGACCCGUCUGUUCCCAAAAGCUACCCGAGAUCAACGAUAAGAUGCCCAAGGGCAGGGCGGAGUAUCUCAAGAGGCUGCUGCCCUACCUCAAGAACCAAAGCGAGGACUGCCUGUAUCUCAACAUUUAUGCGCCGGUCCAAGCCGGCGCGAGGGACGGCGGCGGCAGAAGAUAUCCCGUGAUUGUGUUCGUGCAUGGCGAGAGCUACGAAUGGAGCAGCGGAAAUCCUUACGACGGCAGCGUCCUGGCGAGCUAUGGAGGCGUCGUCGUCGUCACCAUCAACUACAGACUCGGCAUCCUGGGCUUUCUAAACGCCAACACAGACUCGCACUUACGCUCGCCGGCGAAUUACGGCCUGAUGGACCAGAUAGCGGCGUUACACUGGGUGCAGGAGAACAUCGCUUAUUUCGGCGGCGAUCCGAAAAAUGUCACGCUAGUGGGACACGGCACCGGAGCCGCCUGCGUUAACUUCCUGAUGACCAGCCACGCGGUACCCGAUGGUCUGCUAUUCCAUCGAGGUGUCCUGAUGUCCGGCAGUGCACUUUCACCCUGGGCGUUAGUGAGAGGCGCCGCCAAUUACGCCAUGCAGGUCGCCAAACACCUAAAUUGUUCGUCGGCGACGGGAGAUCCUCAGAACCUGCUGAGGUGCCUGAGGGAUGUAUCCUUGAACGAACUGGAGUCGGUGCCUGUUAAAGGACUAGAGUUCGCGCCAGCCUUCGGUCCAAGCAUAGACGGUGUCGUAAUCGAUCCCGGCGAUCCCGAGGAUCAGGACUACACCCUGCAAGUCGACACGAUCAAUACGCUCAACAAUAUCCUUCUGAGGAAGGAUGUCGUGGCAAAACUGUCGAGAUACGACCUGAUGGUGGGAGUCGUUCGUUCGGAAGCAUAUUUUUCCUUAACCGCCGAUGACGCUCAAUAUGGGAUCGAGGCUGACAGAAGGACGAGGAUCCUGCGCGAAUUCGUGCGAAACACGUAUACGUAUCAUCAGCCAGAGAUCCUGGCGACCAUCAUAAACGAGUACACGGACUGGGAGCGACCUGUCCAACAUCCCGUUAAUAUUAGAGACGAGACCCUAGAGGCUCUGGGAGAUGCGAAUGUCGUCGCCCCAGCGACGAGAACUGCGGAUCUUCACAGCCAAUCUCAUAGAAAUUCCUAUCUAUACGUCUUCGACUAUCAAACGAAAUUUGGAGACUAUCCUCAGAGGCCGGGAUGCAUUCAUGGAGAGGAGCUGCCAUAUUUUUUCGGGGCACCUUUGGUAGGAGGCUUGUCCCACUGGCCAAAGAAUUAUACCAGAUCCGAAAUAGCGCUCUCCGAGAGCAUGAUACUUUAUCUGACAAACUUCGCACGCACCGGGAAUCCGAACGAGGGCACUCCCGAUCCUGGGCCCCUCGGCUCCAGACCGGAAAGGACCAAGGUCAAGAAUAUCGAUUGGUUCGCCUACGAGGCCGUUCACAAGAAAUAUCUGAGCAUAGAACUCAACAAGUCGAAGUUGAAGAAUCACUACAGGGCUCAUCGCCUGUCUUUUUGGUUAAACCUAGUGCCCGACCUUCACAAACCCGGCUCAGACGACGUUCCUAGGUCGCAUCAUUUGCUCGAUGCGGAACAGAAUUUUCUCCAGGUGCCACCCAGAUUUAUUCAGAGACUGCCAACAACCGCGAGAACAACCACUUUGGAGGUAACUUCUAUAGAGAGAUCCUCGUCCAACGUGUCGACGGCCACGCCCAGCGACGUAGCUUUCGAGGAUACCACAGCGCAACCCGAGGACGGUUUUGCGGCUUAUUCCACAGCCCUGAGCGUGACAAUCGCGAUCGGUUGCAGCCUACUGAUCCUGAAUGUACUCAUCUUCGCCGGGGUAUAUUAUCAGCGCGACAAGAGCAACCACCAGCAUCAGGGCUGCUCGAAGAAGCGCCAAGAGAAUGGCCAGAUGCCCAACAACAUUUGCGGCGAGCUGGAGACCAAGACUGCCGAACGCCAUCACAUUCAGCACAUACCGCCGCCGGAGUUCGCCGAUCUCCAGAACAAUACUUGUCACGUGCCUAUGCCGCCCCCGCCGCCCAAGAACACGAAGCCCGGCAAACCCAGCCAGAAUCUCAUCAUCAGUCCCAAUCAACUUCAGCAGGAAAGCCUGGCCAUGAGCGGCACCGGGACCCUGAAGAAGGGACACAAUCAUCCCCAGGUUAUGGAAGAGCUGAGAGUCUGACUCUAGGAGACAGCGCGGCCGAUGAAUUAAUAUUCUACGCCGCGAGUUAGAAUCCCGAAAUCGCCGAUCGUCAAAAAUCAUUUUAAAAUAAAGUUUUCAUUGUCAGUUUGAUAAUGAACGUCACCAAGACUCUAAAGAUGGAACACGAUCGUUUUUCAGGUGAUGAAAAGAAGCUGAGAACCGGGCUAUAACGGAUACCAAAACUUUUAGAUUAAGCUUCUGAAAUCGUCGAGAGUUUGAAGUUGUCCGGCGUUAUUCGUCAUCGGUCUAAUUGCGAAUGGAACCCUGAAGAGAAAUAUGACAAGAAAAUUAAGAUCCCGAAACGAAACAUGAAGUCAAAAUAAGGAAUCAUUCCGAUAAUAAUGUUCUCCGUGACACUCGAUGGCAAACGGGAUAACUCUAUAAAAUUUUUCUCGAAACGAUCGUGACUUUGUCGAUAGAUAGGAAGUGAUAAAGAAAAAAAAAAGCGAAUGAAGGACCUUCAUUGUUAUGCGAGAAGUACGUGUUAAUGUGCGGCGACGUAGCUGAGAUUUUGUGCCCGGAAGUCAAAUCCGCGCUAGAGGCUUUUGUAUAGAGCCAAAUAAGACUGCGGGAUCCGAAAAACUUGGGUCCGGAAGCUUUGCUUCCGUUCGCUAUGUCCCCAUGUUAGUGGCGACGCUAUACUGUUAUCGUUUUCUACCUUUCGAAUUUGUGCGACCAACUGCCGAAAAUUACAUAGUCUUUGACGAAAUAUGCGCGUUAAAUAGAACUCUUCACCUUCGAGAGAAGAGAAUUUUGGAAUAAUCUUUCUAAGAAUGAUUCCAAAAAUUGUUCAUGUAUCGAAUCAACGUUAAUUUUUAUUAAUAUAACGCACGAUUUGUUUAAUUACUUUCUUUAAGUUUUGUCUACACAUUUUGAUAAAUAUUUUUGGUUAUAUUACUUAAUUUUAUUAUUUAUCUUAUAUUUAUUUUAUUUUAUUUUAUUUUAUUAAUCCUAUUUUAUUUUGCUUUUUAUUUUAUAUUUAAGGAUUCAAAUUGUUGAACAUUAAUCCCUUUUUUUACGCACACACAUGUCUUUUGAACUUUAAUUAAUUAAUUUUUUUAAAUAAUUAUUUUAGCAAAAAUUAGCAAUAUUUCUACACAAUAGACUUUUAUUUUAUUUUUUCUCUCUUUCAUUGUUUUUCCAUAUAAUAUAGACUGAAGGUUCGAAUCGAUUUGAGUCGUGCCGAUACUAUCCUCGUUCUUCCGAGUGAUAAUGAUCAUGAUAAUGAUUCGAGUCGCUGCCACGAUGACUUAUUUCCAUGACGUCGAUCGUUCAAAUGCUCAAUUAAAAUCUGAACUAACCCUUUCCUUCUCAAAAUGAUCAUGUAAUUUGAUAUUUUCACAAUAAAUAAAUUUGCAAUGCAACAAUUUUAUUAAAAUUUGUAAUAAAAAUUUUGUUCCUAAUUAUUGCACAAGACGACAAUUUGUUAUUUUUUCUGCAAAGUAUAUUAUGACACUAAAUCAUGAUAAAGAGUUUUGCAGAAAAGAACGAAUAAUUAUCUGAGAAUAAAAGGGUUAAACGGGCGAUCGCGUAUCAAUCGAACAAUCUUUUUUACAAUAAGAAUAAAAGGAAGUCAAAUGAUCGACGGUACUCAACAGUAUACUGCCAAACGAUCGCGAUUCGAGGAGAAAUUGCAGAUCGUUGAAUGAAAAAUCGCGGUUAAUCAGAAUUUUUGAGAACGAAAAGCUACUGCGAUACAAAAAAAAA